GGCAUCAAGGGUUGCAGCAAUAUCCUUCCCGCUUCAUCGCUAUCCACAGCUGACCAGACCGAUCACGCUGAACAUGCCGAUAAGCCCGCCCCUUCUCCUUCAUUGCAACUCAUAUACUGUGAGAGCAGACUCUACAUACCUGCGCGUUAGAUCCCAGCAAUCCCCCCGUCUCCCAUCACACAUAAAUAAUCCCACUCAAAUCCCACUUCGCACUCCUCCGGGCCCGCGAUUCCCAAAUGUUCCCUCACCAUGUCCUCAAACUCAGCUCUUCGAAAUCUUUGAGUCUCAAAUGAUGUCACCGCCAUCACCAGCCUCGGCACCUUACGCUCCAGAACCAAUCUUCCAACCUCUCUUAAGUUGGAGUGGAGUCCGUUUGCCACGCUAUCGAGGCCAAAUUUCAGGAAUAUGUGCCCGUGAAUUAUGAUCUUCAGGGUAUCGAGUGAAUGAGGAGUGGGAUGCGUAGGAGGGAGGAGGCGAUCGAAGCAGGGC